AUGAUCCUAGGAGAUGGUGGUGAAUCGGAGAACUUCACGUCGAUUCCUAGAGUAGCGUGUUUAUUUGGCAAGGUUCGAAGACAGAGCGGAUCUGCCUCCGUACAAAUCUCGAUGAGAACUGUUACUUACGAGCUACGCUGUCUCCCGGUAGACGCGAGUGAAGCUGGCCGAGAGCAGUGGGAGCAGCGGCGUGCCCGCCGAUUGGCUGCGAGACCAACAACGGAGUCGCAACCAAGCGGUGGAGGAGUGUUGCCUCGCACGCACUACCUCGAAUCAUUUAAACUAGUGCCCACUAGCCCUGUCGGCUAUAGCUCUCAAAGUGAAAUCGUUGGACACAUUAAUGGUUCAAUAACCACAUCACAACCGCCCGUCAGGCCACCAACUCCACAAUCGGAUAUUGUGACGGCUGGCAUUCAUGACAAGGAUGAAAUGUGUGACUACGCAGGAUUUCCAAUUGGAAUAUUCUAUGGUGAAAAGAUUUAUAAAAUAAAAAAAUCUCCAAACGUGUUCCAGAGACUGUUUCGAAGAUGUUUUAGAUGCGUACUACCCCCACUCCCAACGGACACUCAAGUUACAAAAGAGGAACUUAAACCUGAACCAAGUUUUACGGUGGUACAUAAGGGACUUAUAAUUGCAAAAUAUUACGGGGGCCAGUGGAAUAAGUUUGAAUAGAUCCUAUAGCGAAAAAAAGCAGAAUAUAUACUUUGCACCGCCAAUUGAUAAAUUACAUUUCAACUUUAUUUUGUAAUAGCUCAUAUAAUAAGAUUAAAAUCUGUUACCUUAAUAACUAAAUGGUGAUAGACAAGACAUGAUAGAAACAAAAACAAUAUAUAUCUUCUCUUUCCGUCAGACGAAAAUAAUAGUUUCAUCAGCCCAUACCAUAGGACAACAGAAUGAGGAUCAUGGCGCCUAAAAAAGUUGGCUUAAAAUAAAAAAAUAAAAGCAAUGUUAAAAUAGCAUAAUAAAUAAAAACAUUUAGCAUUGAUACGAAUGAUUUUUUUACAAAGACGUGCUUUAAAUUUCUCCUAUGUCUAAAGCAGGUUAUUUUUAUAUUCAACAUAAAACACUACGAAAACGACCUUUCACUUCUAUAUCC